AUGAAGAUCAGAAAUGAAGAUCAACAGAUUGAAUUGCCUCCAGGAUUUCGAUUCCACCCAACAAAUGAAGAGUUAAUAACUCAUUAUCUUUCCAGGAAAGUUGUUAACUCCGAAUUCAACGCUAUAGCCACUGCUGAAGCCGACUUAAACAAGUGUGAGCCUUGGGAUUUGCCUUUUGAAGCCCAAUUCCGAGACCCAACUGAAGAUGGACGCCACUGGGAUAAAACACUUAUAGAUGGAAGAACCAUCAGUGUUUCUCGUGCAAAGUAUCCGAAGCCAAAAGGUGUUAAUGAACUGUUACUAGGGUUGAAUCGCCAGAGAGCUUUCACUCAAUCAGGUAUUUGGAAACCUAAACUUGUGAACGGAAAGGAGACUCCAAAAACUGUCAAAGUCUACAGAAAGGUUUCAAAUGAUAUUUCCUACAAGGAUGCCUUGUUAAGCAAACUCCAUGCUGGUAUAGUAAGUGUAGAUAUCCUUGAUUAUACUUCAGUGAUCAUUCAGGAGAAUACCAAUGGUGGUAUUUCAACAGAUAUUAGUAUUCAAGCAGUGAAUUAUGAUUGGAUGAAGAGUUGCAUGGUGGGUAUUAUUAAAACCUCAUACGAGGAGGACCUUGUUCAAAAGUCUAUUUCUCAGGAUGGUAUUGAGGCUAAGAUUGUGAAGUAG